CUCCAUUUAGGCUUCAGACCUGAAUUACCUGAGCAAAUCUCAAACUGCAUUUUAGUCUUACUGCAAUGCUGUCCCGGAUGCUGGUAGUUCUGUUGGUCUUUGCAUUAGUGAGUGUCUCCAUCUCUGCACCAAUCAACGAUGGAACAGAUAAUGAUGAAGCGGCUGCAGCUCUUCUAGAAAUCUUCAGUGUUCAGAUUAAUGGAGCUCUUCCAACUGCAAGCCCGGUGAAUGGAGACUCAGGAACUACAGAUGGGACAGACUCAUCAGAGAAACAAGGAGGUCCAAGUGACUCCUCUGACACUACAGAAAAAUCAGAAGUUGAUGGCGCCCCUGACACAUCCUCAGACACAAUCAGUGACACAAGCAUAGAUGAAUCCACCAGCGGUCCAGAUUCCAUAGAUACAACAGAUACAGUCACAGAUACAAGUACAGAUACAGAAACAGAUCCUAACACAGAUGCAUCAAAGGAAAAGACAGGUGAUUCAGAAGAAAACAAUGAGAAGCCAUCAGCAGAAGACAAAACAGAUGCUGACCAUAUUGAUACAGACUCUAAGGAAAAGGAAUCAACAGACAAAGACGAAAUCAAGGAUACAGAUGAAGCAGACAGUGAUUCUGUUAGUGUUGAAAACAAAGAGACAGAAACACCUGAUGAUGCAAACAAAAGUUCUCCAGAUUCUGACAAAGACAACACAGAUGUGAACACAGACGAAAAGAGUGAAGAGAAAGAUGAGAAAGAAUCCAGCAAAGACUCAGAGGAUGAGGGACGAGAAACCUCAGAGACACCAGACAAAAGUGAAUCUGACAGCGACCAAGAUACUGAUGAGGUCAAAGAUUCAGACGACACCAACGACCAGGAUUCAGAUGCAAAAGACACAGACAGCACUGAGAAAAAAGACAAGGACACUAAAGACACUGAGAGUGAUGUAGACACUGACGAGAAAGACAAGGACAGCAUCCAAGACACGGCAGAUUCCCCUGACGUACCAGACGUCAGGGACAGCACCGAGGUCAAGGACAGGGACAGCACUGACCCAAAAGACACUGAAGAUGACGGAGACAGCGAAAAGGACACCAAAGAUAAGGAGGAGACUAAUGAGAAAGGUGACAAGAGUGAUGAGGGAAAAGAUAAAGAGGAUGAGUCCAAACCAGAGGAACGAGACAAAGGAGACACCACUUUGAAAGAAGACACCACAGCCAGUCAGUCUGAUGAAAGUCCACAAGAGGAAAUGACAGAAGGCAAACAGGAAGACAAGUCCGAUGCCGAGAACUCCAGCGUGGACUCAGACUCAGAGAGCAAGGAGGACAGCAAAGACAAAGAUCAGGAUAAAGACCCGGACACAGACUCUGACAGCAAGGAGGACAGCAAAGACAAAGACCAGGAUAAAGACCCUGACACAGACUCUGACAGCAAGGAGGACAGCAAAGACAAAGACCAGGAUAAAGACCCUGACACAGACUCUGACAGCAAGGAGGACAGCAAAGACAAAGGCCAGGACAAAGACCAAGUCGCAGAUUCUGACAGCAAGGAGGACAGCAAAGACCAGGAUAAGGACCAAAAUACAGACUCUGACAGCAAGGAGGACAGCAAAGACAAAGACCAGGAUAAAGACCCGGACACAGACUCUGAUAGCAAGGAGGACAGCAAAGACAAAGACCAGGACAAAGACCAAGUCGCAGAUUCUGACAGCAAGGAGGACAGCAAAGACAAGGACAAGAGCAGCACAGAAUCCACAGACACAGAAACACCUGAUAACGACAGCAAGACUGACACAGAUAGUUCAGAAACAGGAGGGGAAGAUACAGAUGAAGACAAUGACAGCAUCAGCAUGGAAAAAGAAAAGCAAGAUUCGCCAGAUGCAUCAAUAGAAACAAAUGAUGGCUCAGAUGUUGAUUCCAAUGAUGACCAUGACAAUGAUUCCACAGAUGCUACCGAGUCAAUAUCACAUGAGGAAAACGCUGAUGCAGAUAGCCACGAUAUGUUAGAUGAUGAUGAUGAUGACAUUGAUGUCCAUGAUGAUGAAGUCAUGCAUAAAGAUAAGGACGUAGCUUCUAAAAUGCACAAUGAACCAGAUCAUCUUGAUGACACAACACAAGGAUCAGAUGAUGGCAGCAAAACCCCCAUGCCAAGCUCCUAGCAACCAAGACACUUCAAAGACAAUUGAACAGAAUUUUCCUGGAGAGAUGUUAAAAGUAUCAACUGAGACAGUCACGAUAACCAAAGUUUCACAUCCCAUUAAAACACUUCAUUGACACGCCCCUUUCACCCUCUAUAUUUCCUCUCUCAUAUGGUGAAGGUUCUUUCUAAGGGUUCUGGGAAUGCAGAUUAAAUUAUUUGUCUGUUUGAUGUACAUUCCAUUUUUAAUUGUGUCCUAAUUCUAGAUUUUUUUAUUUUGUUUUGUUAUCUUUUGAUAUAUUAAUUUUAACAGUUUUAGAGCGAAAUACAUGAUGAACAGUGUGAGUCUGGAAUUUCGAAUCUGAAUUGCAUGUAUUUGUGUUUGUUUAGGAUCUAAAUAUAUUGCAUUACAAUUGACAGAUUAAACCUAGACAGCUGUACUAACUGAAGGAUUUUCGAGAAGUCCAAAAGAUUUAUUACAGUGGUCUCUGGGUGUCCUGUGUUUUUUAAUUCUUUGUCCACACAGUGUCUCCAUCCUUGAUAAGGAGACAUUUUUGUUUAUCUGAAAGACUGCAGCUGCUACAAAGAAACAUUUUACUGACUAUCAGAUAAAUGCCAGCCUGAAGUGUCACAAAAUUAUAUAUUUCUACCCUCCCAAAAGAUGAUUUAAAAUUGUACAGACAAUUUAUGUUAGAAUCUCUGAAGUCUUUAUGUCUCUAUGGAAGAAUAUAAAUACACUAGCAAUGUCAGAGCACAGAUUUUUUGGGGGGAAAAAAAGUAAAAAAUAAUUUUGUAUAGAUUUAAAGUCAUUUUAUUUUGUGCACAGGGAGCAAAUUUAAUAAAGACUGGGCUGUCAGGAA